GGCUCAACCGAAUAUCACCUUACAGAUAUUACUAGCUUUUAAUAUGAUCUUUCUUUUUUUUUUUUUUUUAACAAAUAAUUCAAUUCUGCUGCUUAACGCUUAAUUCCAGUCACUGGAGCUUGAAGUGACAGAAGUGAACUUGCAUUAGAGCUGCUCAUACCCUGAGGGGAAAUAGCCUAGUUUGCACAACACAUCCAUAAACAUGUCAGACAGUGUUGUUUCUCAAAUAGUGGCAUGUGGGUGAAACUUCACAACGUCAGACUAGCCCCUACACAGCAAAGCUUAAUCAGUAUUACCAGAACUGGAAUGAGCUUGCUUUAUAAGUCAUAGCACGACACAACUGAUGCAUUUUCUUUCUCAAGAAUAGCGUAAUGCUCAUGUAUGUGGUCUGCGCAAGCCCACAUUCUAAUCCUGUCGCCCCAGAGCUGAUCUCAAACUGAGCAACACUUGAAUCAGCUGCUUAAAGUCUGCUUGAACUUGAUGUGUGUGACAUGGUAGGAUGCAACAUAGACAUGUGCCAAUAAUGGGUUUUCCUGAUGCAUCGCAAUUCUCAAGCUCUGUGUAUCAUAUAAAAUCGUUGUUUUGUUAUGGGUAUAUUUGAAUUCUUAAGCUAUAAGAAUUAUAGCUAAUUAUUGUACAGGUUGCUUUCCCAUUUGAAUAAAAUCCUAGGGAUGUUUCCUUUUCAGUUAUAUUUGUUACGACAGAGUGCGACACACUCGAAUGUGAGCCAAAACAACUGGCAAACACGUCGUGCAAUUUAGGCUGCGGGCAACAUGUUGAUAUUCUAGAUGCAAGCCAUCCGGUCCAAAAGCUGUAGUGCUUUUCAACAAGGAAAAAAUAAUGAAACCUAAAAGUUAAUUUGAUUUAGUGUCAGGAUUUAAAAGGAUUUUAGUGUCUACCUUAAAUUAAAAUGAGCCAGUUGAAACCAAAAACCAGAAUCACACACCACAUCCUCAGAUAAUUAAUUUAAAGCCUGAGGGCUAAAAAGCGACCAGUAACUGCUUUUUCAGCUACAGCAGCAUUGUAUCAUAGGUAAAGUUUUUCAUAACAUAGGUAAACGUUUGUCUCAUGAUGCCACAGUAGAUGCCAAGUGGGUGGGACCGUAGUCUCACUGGUUAAUUUUGGAGUCACAAAUGAUUACUGUUUUCUUAUUGGUGGUUCUUCUCUUUUUCUCUGCGUGCAAAGAUUUUCUUCUUAUCUAUGUUUAAGCUUUUAAUGCAGCUUUUUUAACCACCCAGCCGAUGCUUAUCUUUCUUGCUCGAUCAAACGUCACACAAGCUGAUUUUUCCUGUGCUAGAACCUUUCCCGCUGUGAUCCAGACACCUACCAAAGCUACAAAAUCUGUGCUUCUGUGGCCCACUUGAAACAGAGGAAGUAAAAUAGCCCACAGUUCCCAGGAGAGCGAAUCCAGUUAGAGUGUUGCUGACGAUAUGGGAGUUUGUUCUGUGUCUCUAACUCUGAUGGGGGGAAAGAAAAAUUAAGGAGAAGUUAAUGACUCUAACAAUGGCUUUAACAUGAAUUUCCUCAGCAGGCUCGGAGUACAGAUAAUCUGGACAGUUCUGGGGAGGCCGCCACCCGCUCCAUUGGCACCACUGCCAACUUGAAGGGGAAGAUGAGCAAAAGGCUGUCUGUCGUCAAAGGCCACUUCCCAAAGCUCACUGACUGUGCCCACUUUCACUAUGACAACGUCGCCUUUGGUUCGAUUGAGCUUCAGUUUGCUAGCGAACAAAGUGAUGCUAACUGGAGCUCAGCCAAUGCUAAAGACCAUGUGUUCCUCGUGCAGGUCUCCUGCCAGGGUAAGACAUGGACGGUGCGCCGGACGUACGAGGAGUUUCGCAACCUGGACGCUCACCUGCACCAGUGCAUCUAUGAUCGGCGCUACUCUCAGCUCCAGCCCCUGCCGUCACUCACUGAGAUCGGGGAGAGAGUGGAGCUCUUCACCCCCAUGCUCUCCGAGUACCUGAACCGUCUCACCGUGAUCGUGGACAGUAAGCUGAACUGUGGGCCUGUGCUCACCUGGAUGGAGAUUGACAAUCAUGGCAAUCGUUUUCUGCUAAAGGAAGAGGCGUCUUUAAACGUCCCAGCAAUCGCAGCAGCGCACGUCGUCAAGCGCUACACAGCCCAAGCCAGUGACGAGAUUUCUAUUGAGGUUGGUGAUAUUUUGUCUGUGAUUGAUAUGCCAACCAAAGAGGAGACCACCUGGUGGAGAGGAAAACAUGGCUUUCAGGUUGGCUUUUUUCCCAGCGAGUGUGUCGAGCUGAUCAAUGAGAAAAUGCCCCAGUCUGUCAGCACUCCCGCUGCCAAGAUGGAGUGCGAUGGAGGCAGCUCUAGACCUGGAGUCGCCAGUGUGCCUGGUCCGUCUUCUCCCACAUCAGUUUCUAAGAAGCACGGCAAGCUUAUGGGUUUCCUUCGAGCCUUCAUGAAAUCCAGACCCAGCAAGCAGAAGCUGAAGCAGAGGGGCAUCCUGAAGGAACGGGUCUUCGGCUGUGACCUAGGAGAACACCUUCUCAACUCCGAACACGAUGUUCCGCAGGUCCUAAAAAGCUGCUCAGAGUUUAUUGAGAAGCACGGCAUAGUAGAUGGCAUCUACAGGCAUUCUGGGAUUUCAUCCAACAUCCAGAAACUGAGGCACGAAUUUGACAGUGAGAAUGUUCCAGACCUGACGAAAGAUGUGUACAUGCAGGACAUUCACUGUGUAGGAUCCCUCUGCAAGCUCUACUUCAGAGAACUGCCCAAUCCGCUUCUCACCUACCAGCUCUAUGACAAGUUUGCUGAUUGCAUGGGGGAGAUGACCGAGGAUGAACGCAUGGUGAAAGUGCACGAUGUCAUCCAGCAGCUUCCUCCACCUCACUACAGGACGUUAGAGUACCUCAUUAAGCACCUGGCCCGUCUAGCCACCUUCAGUGAAGAGACCAACAUGCACAUUAAGAACCUGGCCAUCGUCUGGGCUCCAAACCUGCUCAGAUCGAAGGAGAUCGAAUCAGCGGGGCUCAACGGUGCUGACCCAUUUAAAGAGGUGCGCAUCCAGUCAGUGGUGGUGGAGUUCUUACUCACCAAUGUAGAGGUGCUCUUCAGUGAUUCGUUUACAUCAGUGGGACGGUUUACCGCAGCUCGACAGUCCCUGACCAGGCCCAAGUCAUUUGUAUCCACUAGACUGCUAUCUCUGGAGGAGGCCCAGGCUCGUUCCCAGGCUCCUCUGCUCCUACAAGGAUCUACUCACCCACUACAGGAUCGCUUCCACACUGUGCUGGACCUCCCUACUCACAGAAGAAAAAGAGGACCAAAGGUACGGAAGGCAGCUGGAGGGAGCUGGAAGACGUUUUUUGCUAUUGGGAAGCCUGCAGGAUCAGGCCGUCGUAAACCCAUCCGGAUCACCUCACUUUUCCAGCCCUCCACCUCUCACGCAGGUUGCAGAGUGGACAGUGUCACUCUGCGGUCAGCAAAGAGCGAGGAGUCUCUUUCUUCGCAACAGAGUGGAGCAGGUCCGGGGAAGCUGCAGCGCUUACGAAGACCUCGCUCCAGUAGCGAUGGUCUUUCUCUGGCUGCCUCCAUGGACCCUCAGCUUUUGUCUCAUCCAGUUCCAUCGAAAAUCCCACCCAGUCGCUCAUACGACAGCUUGCUGCCUGACGAGGCCCGAGAAGGUAAUGAUGAGGAAGAUGAGGAAGAUGAUGAGGAGGGAGUCUACAUGCUGCCUGAUUUCUCACAGGACCCUGCCACAUCCUGGAUGGCUGAGGACAUGGUUGACUUUAGCCCCACCUUUCCAGAUGAGGGGCCGAUAGGAACCGUUGCCCCUGGUGAUAGGGAAUCACCAUCUGUAGCUACGCCUCCUCCCUACCGUUGUCUGAGUCGCCAAGCACAUGCCCGUUCUGGAAGUCAGCGUUCAAUCACAGAAGACCCAGACUCUGUGCUCAACCAGUCAGAAGCAGCGGCACGUCGGAGUCUGAUUUUGGCCGCAGCUGCCCCAACCCAGCAGGUGUUCUGUCAGCAUAGACCUCCUGCUCUUAAUACCCCUGCCUCCAGCACCACACAGUCUGGAGAUCCCAACCUUAGUCCUUCCCAAAGCCAGCCUACUGCCCCACCAGCUCCUGUACCUUCCACUCAACCGCCACAGGAACGGCGCUCAUUUACAAAAAAGGUUGUGCAUGCCCUUUCACCGAAAGCACCAAAGUCACCUCCACUGGACAUAUCUGACCCCAUUGCUAUCAGUGUGCCUGCCAAGGUGCUGGAAAUGAUUGGGGGGCGAGCUGGCGAAUUGCAGUCUGGGAACCUAGGCGGUGGGCCCUCCCAGCCACCCCAAAUGAUAUCUAUGCUGCUGAAGUCUUGUGACUUCCAGCUUACAGAGAGCUGCCAACAGGAGCUAAGCAGCAAGUUUGGCCAUGAGGUUAAGAUCAGAGGCUCCAGUAUUAUUGGUCCUACUGGUGCUCCCCUGCCCUCCCAAAAGCCUCCCCCUCCCCCUCCUAAAAAUCCAGCACGCCUUAUGGCGCUAGCACUGACUGAAAGUGCCAACAAAGCACUUCGGCAAGGUGCCUCUCCUCCCUAUCGUCCCCGUCAGGCCGGGACUCCCCCGGAUGCUGACACCCGUUUCCAAAGGUCCCUGUCUGCUGAUGCAGGGGCUAUUCUCUCCUCUGAUUCAGACCAGCUGUACUCUACUGUGCGUCCCCUGUCUGUGUGGAUGUCUGAGGGUGGUGGUGAAGUUAGCGCUCCUGAAAAGACUACAGAAUUGGCACAGGAAGAGGAGCCAAGAUCACCUCCAGGCCAGGACAUGGGUACGCUCUCCUCUGAUGCCUCAGUUUCUGACUCUGGAACAUCUAACAGUGAGCUGUCUGCUAGUAGUUCCUCUGGGGACAAUGAGAAAACUCCAAGCCCGGUAUACAACCAGAAGCCACAGAUUCCUGCAACUACAAAUCAGACUCCUAAAUCCAGUCCACCUCCUGCUAGUGAGGUAACUUCACAGAGGAAACCCCCAGCAUAUGGCCGGCAGUUCUCUGCUCCACACCUCCAGCAACAGAUGCCAGGCUCUGAGUCCAAAUCCCUCAACCAGGCUCAUUCCCAGUUACUGCAUUCCAGGUCAGAGAGCUCCCCUUUGGCCCACUUACAUGCCUUCCAGCCCACACGCCCCAAAGUGCCCCCUAGGCCACUGGAUUCUGCCCCACCAAGGCCCCCAAUCCCCAAGGCUGAUCGACAUGACUUCAUGCGUCGCUCCCUGGAUGCUGGUCGCAUCCGACGCAUGGUGGGACCAGCUCAAGGCAACCCACCCCUUUCAAGAGCUUUUUCUGAGCGCAUUAGCAACACAUCUGAUGCACGGUCUCGCUACCAUGCAGCCAGAUUGGCCAACCAGGCGGCACAGGUUGUGACAACUGCUCACCCUCUCAUGCAGCAACAGCUGGCACAGGUAUCUCAUAUCCGACCGGCAUUUUCAUCUUCCGAAGAUUCCUCCAACAUGGAAAAUUUAUACUAUGAGAUUAGUGGACCUGAUCAUCCACCUAGUUACUCCCAACAUAGUUACCAGAACAUGAGGUUAGAUGUGGAUGGAAACUACAGGCUUUCAGAGGCAGCCAAUCAAAGGCCCCAGUCUAGGGGUCAUCACCCACCCCCCUACUCACAUGUGCAAGGGUCUACCUGUGCUUCUCAGCUUUGGUCCUCUGAAACUACACGUGCAUGGACUGCAGCUCACUCGCACUCCUCCUCCUUCUCUCAUUCUCAACGUCAUUCUCACAACCCCCCAGGUCCUCGUGGUCACCCUCGGCUGCAGCGUCAGACCUCCUCCUCAGUCAGGCUGACCCGCAGCGAGCUGCACCCCAUCCCUGCUGCCUCUUGCUUGGGCUCAUCUGGGGGAAUGGUGCCUCUGUCUGUGCACCAACGUAACCUGCAAUGUUCCAUGCGCUCACCCUCCUCCAAUCUUAGUACCUCCCAGCUACAUCCAUACUUUGAAAAUGGGAAGGUGUGCUAUCGCUAUUUUGAGACUUCUGGGCAAGAGGAGGAACCACUGAGCCACCUUCAGCCUUCCAUGCCAAAAUCGCAGGCCCAUUCAUCCCAAACCUCCCAGAUACAAACAUUUCACCAACCAUCCAAAGAUGAACCCAUUUAUGUGAACUACCCUUUCACCAGCCCUUCAGGGGCUGGAACGAACGCUAAGACUUGGGCCACCACAGACUUGGACGGAGAUGCCCACCAACAGUGUGAACCUGUCACACACCCUCCCUCUAUAGAGGAUGAGCAGCAGUCCACACACAAAUCUCUAGAUCAAGAGUGCACUAGUUUUGAAAGGCCUUCUCAAAACGAUGGUGCAUCAGAUUCCAAGGCACUGGAGAUACAUACAGCCUCUGAUACAACGCACUUUUGCAGCCACUCUGACUUGCAAAGCUCAAGCUCGGAGCCAAAUCAGACAAUGACCGGGAAGGACAUUGCUUCGCUUCUGAUUGAGAAGCUUGCAGAGGACGAAAGAGAGGGUCAAAAUGUUGCCGCUUCAUCUUCAGCAUCUUCCUCUCCCCAUGUUGAGUACCCCCCUAACCCGUACCCCAGCCAACAUCAUAAGCGCCCACCACCUGCUUACAACCCUGGAUCUUCUCGGGGUCAUUUUGAGAGCCAGGGUCUGCCACGAGAAGGCUCUGGGGCUUUUCAACGGCAAGAUCCCAUGCGUCGUUCUUCCAGUGGCCAGUAUAGACAAGCCUUUGAUGUUAUGCCAUCUGGUGACCAAGUUCUUAAGUUUUACAGAAGCCAAGACUUUAUCCCAACUCCCCAGGGAGAAAGCACAACACCAAACCCAUACCCAACAAGACCUCACUGUCAGGAUCCCACCAGUCAUAUUGUUCAAGCUCACCCAGACACACCCCAUUCCUCUACUCCUCCUUUGGUGGCCUUUUCAAACUUGUCUCUAAGCACACCAAGAGGAUAUGGGUCUCAAAUGGAAGUUAAUCCAUAUAACCAGUACCCAUUCCAGGCAGGCCAAGUUCUCCCCCCCUAUCCCAAUGCUCCCAGGAGGGAUGUGAUCCUGGAUCCUGCUCUUCGACCUCCGGGACUUCGGAACCAGAGAGACUUGAACCGCCAGGGCAGUCUGUCUGGUCCCAACUGGUCUAUUCACACAGAGGGCCAGACUCGCAGUUACUGUUAAAGCACAUACCAAUGGCAAGGCUAAACUUUAUUUGGACUGGAAGUGAAGUCCUUUGGGAGGAAUGUCCUAAAAUAACCCCAUGCUGUGCUGGACUUUAAAAGUAAAGAAAAGAGAAGUAAACAGAGAGGGUAGGGCAUGAUGGUUAGGAAAAAUCAAAGAAGUGAACCAUAUAGUGACUUAGAUAUGUAAACAUUCCAGUAGACACUGUGUUGUCCAGCAGAGGGCAUCAGAGAGUUGUAUGGCUGCUGUCCCACUGAAGGGAGUAUCAGGUAUUAUGCAUGGUGGUGUAUUUUUGCUUUAGGUACAUUCUGGGUUUAAGUUUAUUGCCAGAACACUAGGUGACAGGACAGAAAGUGGUGUACAGGGAAAUAAGCUUGGUAUUUCUUUUUUUUAAAUGCUAAAAUAAUUUGAUUUAAACUUUAUGCUGCUGGCUGGUUCUAAAGAAGCACAUUUUGUUUUAUUUUGCCUCAGUAUUUUUCUGUUUGUAGCAGUCUGACAUUUUCAUUUUUAGUGCUUUUUAACUAUAAUUUAACUUCAUUACAAAGAGAAUUGAAGGUUUUUUCUAUUUCAAAGAUCACAAAGAAAUAGGAAUGUUUUUUAUAGUUUUAAGUCAUUGCUGUGUGUGGGGGGGAGAAAGCGAGAUAAAGGGCAUGCGUUUUCAUUUGUGUAUGGAUGCUUGUGUCACAAUAGUCGUCUAUGUCCUAUGAAACGUUCAUGAAGGAAACACUGCCAUGUACUUAAUGUGUGUGUACUCGCAUGUGUCCAUGUUUGUGGAAGGUACUGCACAUAUAACCAUGAGCACUGGAUAUGGGAUUUAAUAGCUGAAAUGUCAACCAAUGUGUUAAUCAAUAGAUCAGUCAUUACAUUAAUGGUAAAUACAGAGGUUUCCUCAUAACAAUAAGUUGCACCAUAGUUUUUGCUGCAUGGCCCAUCAAAGGUUUUAGGACAUCUUUGUUAUUAUUAUUAUUGUUGUUAUAAUUAUUAUUAUUAUUAUUAUUAUUAUUAUUAUUAUUAUUAGUUUUUGGAGGAUGUGCUUUGUGCAAUGAAACCUGCCCAGUCACCUAACCUUAAUUCAAUCUAGCUGCUCUGGGACGAGUUGGGCGGAAAGGUUUGAGUCAUGGCAGAGCAACUUUAAAAAUAUCUGGAAAAACAGACUGUUUAGUAAAGACUGUUUUGACAUAUAAUUAAAUAUUUGAUUCAUUAUUAAUGUCUACAAAUUUUUGAUGGGCAAUGUUUGUCCGGUUGUGAUGCCUGUUGAAUCUGUUGUCUUUCCAAAUCUGAGGAAUUGUUAAAAAGUUCUCACAGAUGUGUUCGCUUAAUGAUUUAAUGAUUAUAUCACAAAAAAAAGUGUGAAUAAUUUAUCAAGUUUUUACUUAUACAAUUUAGU